AUGGUGUCUGCUGGGUUUCAAAUCCUGGGCACGGCUCUGGGGAUCAUCGGCUGGAUCGGGGCCAUCGUCGUGUGUGCCCUUCCCAUGUGGAAGGUCACCGCCUUCAUUGGCAGCAACAUUGUGACCUCGCAGACCUCCUGGGAAGGUAUCUGGAUGAACUGUGUGGUGCAGAGCACAGGUCAGAUGCAGUGUAAGGUCUACGACUCCAUGCUGGCCCUCAGCUCUGACCUCCAGGCUGCCAGGGCCUUGACCAUCAUCUCCAUCGUGGUGGGAAUCCUGGCCAUCCUGCUUUCCGUAGCCGGGGGGCAAUGCACCAACUGUGUGGAGGAUCCGACGUCCAAGGCCAAGGUGGGCAUUGCUGCCGGCGUUAUGUUCAUCAUAGCUGGGAUCCUCUGCCUCGUCCCGGUGUGCUGGACGGCUCACACCAUCAUCCGAGACUUCUACAACCCGCUCAUGGUCAGCGCACGGCUGGGCACCAUCCUCACAUGCGCUCUGCCCAUGUGGAGAGUCACCGCGUUCGUCGGCGCCAACAUUGUCACCGCGCAAGUGAUCUGGGAAGGCUUGUGGAUGAGCUGUGUGGUGCAGAGCACGGGCCAGAUGCAGUGUAAAGUGUACGACUCCAUGCUGGCCCUGCCGCAGGACCUGCAGGCCGCCAGGGCCAUGGUGAUCAUCGCCGUGAUCGUCGGGGUGUUAGGUGUCCUCAUGGCUGUGGUCGGAGGAAAGUGCACCAACUGCAUGGAGGAUGAAGGGGCCAAAGCCAAAGCGUGCAUUGUUUCCGGUGUGAUCUUCAUAAUAGCUGCCUUCCUGAUCCUGAUCCCCGUGUCGUGGUCAGCUCACGCAGUGAUCAGGGACUUCUACAACCCAAUGGUGAUUGCUGCUCAGAGGAGAGAGCUCGGGGCUGCGCUCUACCUCGGCUGGGGCGCCGCCGGGCUGCUGCUGCUGGGAGGAGGAAUGCUGUGCAACAACUGCCCGCCAAAAGACGAGAGACCCUACGUGCAGGCGAAGUUCGCCCCUGCGAGAACCGUGUCUUCGAACAGGGACUAUGUGGACCAACGGGUUGUAGAAGUCCUUGAUGAUGGUGUUAGCGGGCAGCGACACCGUCACCAGGCACAGAGCCCCACUCAGGAGGAAGAAGACACCUGCGGAGAUGGCCACUCUGGCUUUCGCCGCUUUGUCUCCGAUGCAGGUGGUGCAUUUACCUCCGACCACCGAGAGCAGCACGCCAAACAGAGAGAACAAGAUGGCGAUGACGACCAUGGCACGUGCAGCCUGGAGGUCUGGGGGCAGAGCCAGCAAGGAGUCGUAGACCUUGCACUGCAUCUGACCCGUGCUCUGCACCACACAGAAAUCAUGCCGUCUGCUGGUCUCCAGAUCCUUGGCACCUUCCUGGCAUGCAUUGGCUUUUUGGGAGACAUCAUCAUCUGUGCCCUACCCAUGUGGAAGGUAUCCGCUUUCAUUGGGAACAACAUUGUGACCGCGCAGAUCUUCUGGGAAGGCCUGUGGAUGAACUGCGUGAAGCAGAGCACUGGCCAGAUGCAGUGCAAAGUCUACGACUCCAUGCUGGCUCUGCCCCGAGACCUGCAGGCAGCUCGGGCCCUGGUCGUGAUCUCCAUCCUGGUCGUGCUGAUGGGAGUCCUGCUUGCCCUCGCAGGGGGAAAGUGUACCAACUGCAUUGAAGACGGCGCCGCCAAGAGCAGGGUAGCUAUUGCUGCGGGAGUGUUCUUCAUCGUCGGUGGCAUCCUGUGCUUAAUCCCCGUGUCUUGGUCGGCCCAUGAGGUCAUCAGGAACUUCUACAACCCCAUCAUGAACGACGCGCAGAGGAGGGAGCUGGGAGCGGCGCUGUUCAUCGGCUGGGGUUCGGCAGGACUCCUGAUAAUCGGCGGUGCUAUUCUCUGUUGCCAGUGCCAGCAGCAAAAGGACAGCAGAUACUCUGUGAAAUACUCUGCUCCUCGUUCAACAGCCAGUGCAGGAGCCUAUGUUUAAAAAAACAAAACACCAAGUAACGUAAGAGUCUGCACCUGUGCUGUACUGCAGCGGAGGAGACUGAACUUUGAACUUGUGGUUUUAUAGUGUUAAAUGUUUUUAUUCAUGUGUUUUAAAUUUUUAAUAAAACUUCAUUAUACACCUUA